AUGGAGAGGGCAGAGCAGACGUCCGACAGAACUCUGGAGGGUGCAUUGCUUGAUGCAAAGCUGACCAACUCCUCUGCAGAAGAGGCAGCAGACGUGGAGUCAAGUAGUGUAUCCAGCUCCUCCCACGACGAUCCAGAGUUGCGACCAGAUGUAAAUGCGCAAGAUCAUGCAGUUCUUGCAUCCGGCUCACACGAUGUGCAGGUGUUUCGUGGCCAGUGGGAUGAUGAAGGGGUGUAUUUCUAUCAGGCUUACAAUGAAGAGAUUGCCGAGUGGGCAAUUCGACAUCAGGAGUUUGGUGGUCCACGCUUCAAUCCGACGCGCAUGACUUGGAUAACACCCUCUUUUGCUUGGGUUCUUUAUCGUUCUGGAUACGCGCGAAAGCACAACCAGGCGAGAAUUCUCAAGGUUAAACUGUCCCAUGCUUCAGUUGCAGAGCUCCUGAAAAACUGCCAGUGCCGGACAGGAGGUGGUGGCUCCAAGGGCCGUGUGCAGUGGGACCCGGAUCGAGAUCUCCUGUCGGGGGACGGCAAAGCCCCUCGAGAGAUGCUUCGCCAGCGUGCAAUCCAGAUAGGCUUGAAGGGCUCGCUAUCCGAAUUUUAUGUCAGGAGUGUAGUGGCCAUCGAGGAUGUCACUGAGCUUGCGCACCGUGUUCAAGCAGCACACACUGCGGCCGACUCAAAGCUGGCUAUGUCACAGCUCUUGCCAGAGUUGCCAGUCGAGCGCCCCUACAUGCCAUCCUGCCCAGAGCCCGACCUCACUAGACUAAGGAUGCUGCCUGGAGGUGGCCCUCUGCAUGCCAAGCGUAAAAGCAAGAAGCAUUAA